UGGCGCCACCCAGUGACUUCCUGUCCAAGCGCUCUAUUGUUCUUUAUGAGGAUUUUCAAAUCUUAUUUUGGAGGUUAAAAAAAAACGCGCCGAUGGUGCCGGCUCUGCCCAGGCGGCGCUUCCUCUCGCUUUUCCCACUUGUUAUUCCAUCUGGGGGAAGGAAGAUGUCGGGGGAGGAGGUCGACGACGGCCGCCGGUGGCGUUUUCGCGAGCUGUAAGGUUGACUGCCUGUAAUAUGGUAUCCUGACAGUUCCUAGCAACGUAUCGUGGAGGUACAAUGCGGUGACUGUUGCUUGCUGAGAUGGUAUUUCUUCAUACUGUGACGACCCUGUUGUUGGGAGAAGAUUUAAGAAUGUCUAAGUUAAAGCAGUACAGCAGGCCAAGGAUACUACAACCAGAACAUUUCUGAGAGCUUUUAAAGCCAUGGAUAGGUGUAAGCAUGUCGGGCGUCUGCGACUCGCCCAAAAUCACUCCAUAUUGAAUCCCCAGAAGUGGCAUUGCAUGGACUGUAACACCACUGAGUCUGUUUGGGCCUGUCUUAAAUGCUCCCAUGUGGCAUGUGGUCGCUACAUCGAGGAGCAUGCACUCAAACACUUUGAGGAAACUAGGCAUCCUUUGGCUAUGGAGGUCAAUGAACUUUAUGUCUUUUGUUAUCUUUGUGACGACUAUGUGUUAAAUGACAAUGCUACAGGGGAUUUAAAACUGUUGAGAAGCACUUUAAGUGCAAUAAAGAACCAAAAGUGCAGUCCAAUGGCACGCAAUGGCAGGGCAUUGCGGUCAAUGGCUUGCGGGGAAUCUCCUUGUUCGUUUCAGAAGAACAAAAAAGGGCAGACUCAUAGUACAGAGCAGAUGUUCACUGCUCUUUGGCACAGACGCCAGUCUUUGCUAACAAAGGCAAUGCGCAUUUGGUUUGAACAAACAACCAGUGGUAAACGUAGAUUGGAAGAAAAGCGGCUACAGGAGGAAAUGGACAGAAGAAAGGAGGAAGCAAGGAAGCGGCGACAGGAGCUAAAGCGUAAAUUCAUGGAGGAGCUGGUCAAUGCCCCACCUCGGAAAAGUGCAAGGAUUUUAUUUCAAAUCCGGAAGGAGGACCAUAUCUCAAAGUGCAAAAAACCAACUGGAAAAAAGGUGCUACAAACUGCCCCUACCUCAAAACGACAAAGGAACAAAAUUAAGCGGUAUUAUGUUACCAAGCGUAAACCAGUGGUAACUCCUGGUGUUACGGGUCUAAGAAAUCUUGGUAAUACCUGCUACAUGAACUCUAUUCUGCAAGUACUCAGUCACUUGCAAAAGUUCAGAGAGUGUUUCUUAACCCUUGAUCUCUGUGAGACUGAAGAACUAUUGGCAAGGACCGCAAAUGGCAAAACACGAUUGUCCAACAAGGUCACGCUGGGGAUUGGUCCUGCAUCGUGCAUUGCAGGAAGAAACGAUCAUGUGGGAGCUUCAGGGAGAUACAGCAUGCCAGCUGGCUUGAACGGAGGUGCCUCCAUGGCCAGGAACCUGGAACUUAUUCAACCCAAGGAACCUAGUUCGAAGCACAUCUCUCUUUGCCAUGAACUUCACACACUCUUUCGAGUAAUGUGGUCUGGGAAAUGGGCUUUGGUGUCUCCGUUUGCUAUGUUGCACUCUGUAUGGAGCCUGAUCCCAGCAUUCAGGGGAUAUGGUCAGCAAGACGCUCAGGAAUUUCUUUGUGAAUUACUGGACAAAGUGCAGCAGGAACUGGAAUCGGAAGGUACAAAGCACAGGAUCCUUAUUCCUUUUUCUCAACGGAAGCUCACCAAGCAAGUUCUCAAGGUGGUGAACACCAUCUUUCAUGGGCAGCUGCUCAGUCAGGUCACAUGCCUGACAUGCAACUACAAAUCCAACACCAUUGAACCAUUUUGGGAUCUUUCACUGGAGUUUCCAGAGCGUUAUCAUUGUCUUCAGAAGGGUGCUACUCAGCUUAAAGAAUGCACUCUGACGGAAAUGCUGGCAAAGUUUACAGAAACGGAGGCUUUGGAAGGAAGGAUUUACGCUUGCGACCAGUGCAACAGUAAACGACGAAAAUCCUCGCCAAAGCCCCUUGUCCUGACAGAAGCUCAAAAACAGCUAAUGAUAUACAGACUACCUCAGGUCCUCCGUCUGCACCUUAAAAGAUUCAGCUACUGUGUUUUUAGGUGGUCUGGCCGCAACCAUCGUGAGAAGAUAGGGGUGCAUGUCAACUUCGACCAGGUAUUAAACAUGGAGCCUUACUGCUGCAGGGACUCUUCCUCCACUCUUGGCAAGGAAAGCUUCAUAUAUGACCUCUCAGCUGUGGUGAUGCAUCAUGGAAAAGGAUUUGGCUCAGGACACUAUACCGCAUACUGCUACAACACAGAAGGAGAGUUUUGGGUCCACUGUAAUGACUCUAAGCUAAAUGUGUGCAGUGUGGAGGACGUGUGCAAGACCCAAGCCUACAUUCUCUUUUACACUCAAAGAACCGUGCAGAACAGAGUGGGGUUUGUCACAGACAUGCAUUCUGAACCUCAGGUGCCAACCAGAAAUCCAGAGAAGAACAGGAGACUGACCUUCCCCUAGCAUGGGGUGCAAAAAUCAUUAUUGGAAUUCACUGAAACCAUCCAGCGUCAGCCAUUGGGAACCAUGUUGGGGCUGAUCAAACACAGAUGUGUUCUUUUGUGGGCUACAGUUGCCCUAGGGCUCGUUUACUGAAGCAUAUAUAGCCUUCCUAUGCAUAAUAUGGUAGGGUUUAAUUCCGUACUUGUCGAUUAAAAUGGUUUUUUUCAAAGUGUCCAACUGUCCCAGGUCAGAUGAUGUGGAUGUGUAUGGUAUCAACAUUCUUGUUGCAAAAGUUUUAUUCCCCAUCCACCCCCCCCCCCCAAAACAAAAGGUGACACAUCUAUUGUCAACAUUUAUGUUGCUGGCUGAUCUUGAGAUGCAACAUUUCUGAUACUUGCUUUCAUCCUUUAACUCCCAGAAGGUGCCUUUGUUUGCCACAUGAUUCACUGACUGAACAUAGGUACGCGUGUUCAACCCAUUCUCAUUGUGUACUGGAUGCAGAAUUGUUUACUCCCUGUGGUGCAAUAGCAAGCUAAGCUUGAUCUGAUUCACUAAUUCUGCAUUUUCACAUCAUGGCCAGGGCUGUUUCACAUUUGCAUUGACCCUUCACUAAUUAUUUCAGGCUCCAUUGUACCAGCUAUGACUUGCCGCUAAUGCUGCAGAACAGUGAAGAAACCACAAGAGAAAUCCUUGUCCCUUUGCUCCCAUUUUAUGAUUUUGUACUUUAUUUAAGUGUAAGGACUCGUGCUGUGAAGAAUUACUGACGCAACACCAGUCUCCUCACUAAAACUACUUACAGGCUUGUAUGAACCUUUAUAAGAUGUUCUUUUUCUGAUAAUGUAAAUCCCUCUGUUGUGAGUGAUCGCUUCAGAACACACUGUUCUUGGGAGUUAAAGCAGCCAUAGUGAUUCAAUGCACUUCUGCAAACUCUUCCUUGCCUGAGCUUUUGUCUGCUGGAUUUUGUGUGAGGGUAGAGAUUUAGUGUUUUCAGCCAAGUCCUGGUCUUUAGAUAGUAUGUGCGUAGCUGAUCAUGCAACAAUAACAUGGCAGCUUUGGAACUGUAAGUUACGAUUUUUGCAACAAUUUCAAAAUAAAUGUGGGAGAUUAAUUUUAUUCAACAUUAGUUUACAUGUGUAAGUAGUCUUUGCCAAUUGUGUGACCUCCCUUAUCCAUUAAGAAUUGGUUUAACUUUGAUAAUUCUUUUAGGAAUUCAGACUAUUCAGAACAAAACAAAAACACAAUUCUGCUGCCUUACAGCUAGCAGGUUUGAAUAUAUUCCCAGUUUUCAGAGUAAUGUUGUCCCAAGGGCUGUUGGCCACAGUGGGUUGCCACAGCAUUGGUUGGGCAAUUCCUUUGUCUGCUCCUGGGAUCUCACGGAGUUAACUAAUCUUUCCCAGUAUAAUGGUAGUAGUGUCCCUAGACGAGGUGGGUUGGAAGGAAAAUCAGUGAGGAAUAGCCCCAGUCGCUGCUGCAAGUUGUGUCUGUUCACGUCAGGCACGUUUUAUCAACAUCAGAUGCUGAGCGCUUGUGGAGCUGCACUGUAGCGUGGGUCACCUCCUUCAAAGGGAGGAGCAAGAAAAGGAGGAAUUUAGUAUACGUUUGUAGUGUGCCAGCAUAAUAAAUCAGAGAGAGAGAGAAGGGUGCAAGUGGCGGGGGGAAAGAGGAGAUCUGCUGUUGUCAAGUCGCUGAUACAUAUACAACGGUGAGAAGUUUGGUUUGUUGUCUGUUUUUUCCUGACUUAGUUUGAUACACCUUAGGGGAGAUGGGUAAAGCUGCGUGAAAUAUGGUGCCAUUGAGUUUUAAAUCUUAUUUGAAUUUGUCAUUCCUUUUCCGAGUGGGAUUUUUGAAAAGUUCAGAAUCCAGCUGUCAAACUGUUCACAGACAUGUUUUCAGUAUUCGGCUCCCAGGUCGGUGCCAGUGCAUCACUCGGCUGGAGAUCGCACUAUGCCUGUGCAAUGAUUUUUUUUCUCUCUGGCUGAUCCUUUCCUGUUCCUCAGGGGACAGAUUGCUCUCUGUUUUGCCAUCCUUCAUCCAGCAACUCAGACAGUGAACUGGCAAAAGUACUCAGGAGGAUGAAAGUUUUAAAUAUUUGUUGAGACAAAUUUGAAUUCACUCUUGCCUUUUUUACUUUCUUAUCUUCUCCUUAAGUUUAGAAUUUGCUGUGCUAUUGUAAUGUGCUGCUUCCCCUCACUGCAAUCCAUCCUCCCAGUUGUAGAUAUUUUUACUUAACCUAUUCAGACACCUAUGGAAUAAGUGGGACUUAAACCCAGGCCUUCUACCCUAGAGAUAGGAACACUACCACUGCACGACAGAAACCAAUUGUAAACUUAGUGGCAUCGAUUGCUCUGCCCAUCUGGUUUGAUUCUUACCUUGGGCUACUGUCUAUUUGGAGUUUGCACAUUCUCCCCGGGUCUGUCACCCACAAUCCAAAGGUGUGCAGGUAAAGUGAAUUGACCAGGCUAAAUUGCCUUAGUCAGGGGUAAAUAUAGGAUCGGGGAAUGGGUUUGUUACUCUUUGGAGGGUCGGUGUGGACUUGUUGGUCCAAAUGGCCUGUUUCCACACUGUAGGCAAUCUAAUCUAGAUUCUGGUUCACUUGAAUCACUGCUGGCUAUCACUUGCUUUGUUGAUUUCAAACAAUGGUGCUUCAAAACUUAAGAUAUUUCAUAUUUAGUGUGACAGCUAACAGGGGAGGCUGUGUAUAUCAGUCUGUUACAGCGAGGCACCCGUCUGCUUUCCACCAGUGCAAAUGCUUCAGAUCCUCUAUGCAUAUCAUUUGAUAAUGAACUGCCAACUUGUUAGCAGUUUGCAAACCAUGACAACCUUUUACAUCCUCUUGGAAAUAUCAAAAAGUCCAAUUUGAGCCAUAUAAAAGGAAACAACAAGUACUGAUUAUGUUGUUUCUGUAAGCUCAAUAGAAUAUGGUGCAGAAAUGCUACUGUGGUGCCCCAGAACGGUCAGUGGCUGAGCUUUUUAAUGUAACAAAUUGCAUGCAGCACCUGCCUGCUCAUCAGUCAUUGAGUUUAAUCUGAAAACCAGUUUACAUGUAUCAAAAUAAAGUCAGAUCUGGGUCCCCAUUUCUGUACUCUUGGUACCUGCUUGCAAGUUGUAACAUUGUACCAUGCAUCUAAAAUGAAUUUGGAUGUAGAAAGCUAUAUGGGUUUCUGUAAACGAGUCCUCAUCCAUAUUACAAUACAGGUACAGCUCGUGUUUGGUUAAAAGUUAUUUCCUUUUUGCCCACCGGGCUCUCAGAAAUUGCACGACCAGACAGUUUUGUGUUAUUUGAUUCCAUGCUCCCCUCCAGUUGUUUGGAGUGGAAAACAAUCCCAAAGCAGAGUAAUAGAAGGAAAUGUAUUCAAACACCAGCUCAAAUAACUAACUUAGGUUUGACUUCACUGAAAACUGAGCCUGAGAUGGUGCUAUAGGUUGAUGAUCUUUUUCAUUUAUCUUGGGCAAAACUUUUUAUGCAAUAACAGUGCUGAACAUUGGAGAGCAAGGUAAUCAACCAAAACCUUAUUCUUGUUACAUCUACCAUAUGAAAUAAAAAUGAACAUGAGAAACAAAUUUUGCAAGCUCAUAAUGCCACCCAGUGAUGUCUUAAAUUACCAUUGCCAUUGAUUUUGAAUAAUGGAGUGGAGAAUAUAUUAAGAUGAUACCAAUAUUUAGUGCAAUCAUUACAUUUGCUGUCCUAAACAUCCAGGAGAAAGUGAGGACUGCAGAUGCUGGAGAUCAGACCUGAAAAUGUA